AUGGCGGAAUCGAUUGAACUUCCGAGUCGGUUAGCAAUCCUUCCUUUCAGGAACAAAGUCCUUUUGCCUGGCGCCAUCAUCCGAAUUCGUUGCACUUCUCCCACCAGCGUGAAGUUGGUGGAACAAGAACUUUGGCAGCGAGAAGAGAAGGGGUUGAUUGGCAUCUUACCGGUACGUGAUGCUGCUGAAAUUAGGCCAGCGGGUCCGGUUUUACCUCAAGGGGAAGACAAAAGCUCAAAAAUGCAAGGCGUUUCAGCAGAUUCUCAUAAGCCUGAUGCAAAAAAUCAUCAUGAUGUUGUUCAUUGGCAUAACAGGGGGGUAGCUGCUCGAGCUCUACACUUAUCUAGGGGAGUGGAGAAACCGAGUGGAAGAGUUACAUAUAUUGUUGUUCUGGAAGGUCUAUGCAGAUUUAGUGUCCAGGAACUAAGCACGAGAGGAACAUACCAUACUGCAAGGAUCUCAUCCCUAGAGAUGACUAAGAAUGAUACGGAACAGGUGGAGCAAGACCCAGAUUUUAUAAUGUUAUCACGCCAAUUUAAAGCAACUGCCAUGGAGCUUAUUUCUGUUUUGGAGCAGAAACAAAAAACUGGUGGAAGGACAAAGGUGCUUUUAGAGACUGUUCCAGUGCACAAGUUGGCUGAUAUAUUUGUUGCUAGCUUUGAGAUAAGUUUUGAAGAACAGCUAUCAAUGUUGGAUUCAGUUGACCCUAAAGUGAGGCUUUCGAAAGCGACAGAAUUGGUUGAUAGGCACUUACAGUCAAUUCGUGUAGCAGAGAAAAUUACACAAAAGGUUGAAGGACAAUUGUCAAAAUCUCAAAAAGAAUUUCUUCUUCGACAGCAGAUGAGGGCUAUAAAAGAGGAACUUGGUGAUAAUGAUGAUGAUGAGGAUGACCUUGCUGCUCUGGAAAGAAAAAUGCAAAGUGCAGGAAUGCCACAGAAUAUCUGGAAGCAUGCUCAGAGAGAGUUAAGGAGACUUAAAAAAAUGCAGCCUCAGCAACCUGGGUAUAAUAGUUCACGGGCUUAUCUGGAUCUUCUUGCUGAUUUGCCAUGGCAGAAGACCAGCAAAGAGCUUGAACUGGACUUAAGAGCUGCACAGGAGCGCCUGGAUAGUGAUCACUAUGGUUUAGUGAAGGUCAAGCAACGGAUAAUUGAAUACUUAGCUGUUCGCAAGCUUAAGCCAGAUGCAAGGGGUCCAGUAUUGUGCUUUGUUGGACCACCGGGUGUUGGGAAGACGUCAAUUGCAUCUUCUAUUGCUGCUGCCCUGGGAAGAAAAUUUGUGCGCAUAUCCCUUGGUGGAGUCAAGGAUGAGGCUGAUAUUAGAGGACAUAGGAGAACAUACAUUGGAAGCAUGCCAGGAAGACUUAUAGAUGGACUGAAGAGAGUAUCUGUCUGCAAUCCUGUCAUGUUGCUUGAUGAAAUUGACAAGACGGGGUCUGAUGUUCGUGGAGAUCCAGCUUCUGCAUUGCUAGAGGUUCUUGAUCCUGAACAAAACAAAACAUUCAAUGAUCACUAUUUGAAUGUUCCAUUUGAUCUAUCCAAGGUAAUUUUUGUGGCUACAGCAAAUAGAGCACAACCUAUUCCUCCACCUCUCCUUGACAGGAUGGAGGUCAUUGAGCUUCCUGGAUAUACACCCGAGGAAAAGCUCAAAAUAGCCAUGCACCAUUUGAUUCCAAGAGUUCUGGAUCAACAUGGGUUGAGUUCGGAGUUUCUUCAGAUUCCGGAGGGGAUGGUGGAAAUUGUUAUUCAGAGAUAUACAAGGGAAGCAGGUGUACGCAAUUUGGAAAGGAAUCUUGCUGCCUUGGCUCGUGCUGCUGCAGUAAGAGUAGCAGAACAAGAACACGUCGUUCCAUUAAGCAAAGGGGUAGAGGGUAUUUCUACUCCACUUCUGGAAAACAAACUUGCUGAUGCUGCUGAUGUUGAAAUGGAAGUCAUACCUAUGGGUGUCAACAAUCGAGACAUUUCAAACACAUUCAGGAUCACCUCCCCAUUGGUUGUUGAUGAAGCUAUGCUUGAAAAAAUUCUAGGGCCUCCAAAGUUUGAUGGAAGAGAAGCAGCAGAUCGGGUUGCUACCCCUGGGGCAUCUGUUGGGCUGGUUUGGACUACUUUUGGUGGAGAAGUUCAGUUUGUGGAGGCUACGGAAAUGGUCGGCAAGGGUGAAUUGCAUCUUACUGGACAACUGGGUGAUGUGAUCAAAGAAUCAGCUCAGAUAGCCCUAACAUGGGCUAAUAGCCACAUGCAUGCUAAUAGCACAUGCAUGUAUGCAUGUGCCAAAGUGCAUUUUUGCCAUUAUCCUGCUUUCCUUAUUGUUCAUUUUUGGUAUGUAAGGGCCAGGGCAGCUGAACUUAGGCUAGCUGCUGCAGAGGGCAUUAAUCUGUUGGAGGGCCGAGAUAUACACAUACAUUUUCCUGCAGGUGCUGUACCAAAAGAUGGGCCUUCAGCUGGAGUGACUUUGGUUACAGCAUUGGUAUCACUUUUCAGUCAGAAAAAAGUGAGAGCAGAUACAGCUAUGACUGGGGAGUUGACGUUGAGGGGUCUUGUGUUACCUGUUGGCGGUAUCAAGGAUAAGAUAUUAGCUGCACAUCGAUAUGGUAUUAAGAGAAUCAUCUUGCCUGAAAGGAAUCUGAAGGACUUAGUUGAAGUACCAUCAUCAGUACUGGCUAAUUUGGAGAUAUUGCCUGCAAAACGUAUGGAAGACGUGCUAGAGCAUGCUUUUGACGGUGGGUGCCCUUGGAGACAACACUCAAAGUUAUAA